AUGGGUUGUGGACCAACUAAUGGGCUUGUAGUGCCUCAAUUUGAAGGCAUCCUAUCACUUCGGGAUCAAGGUGAUAAAGUGUUUGACCCAUUUCUUAUAACAAGUUUUCCGGUGUCGAGAAGAGCUGCAACUGUGGAAUCCGAUGUUGAUGGAGUUGAAUUGGAUGACCAAACUGGGAUUUUGGAACUGUUGAGGAGGACUAGGUUGCCAUCUUCUGAGAUUUUGAACUCGGCAGAGGAGGUGUUGGAGAUGGGUGUUGCUCUGUUCGCCACCCAGAAUACAGAAACCGUGCUGACUCUAUGCAAGACGACCAUCCAUACCUUGCUGGGCUUUUCUAACCACUCCACCGAAUGCCAGAAUCCUCCCUACGACUGUCGGAAUAUCCCAUCCCCCGACGUCGAUGGCCUGCGCCUCCUCAUCGAAGACACCUCCAAGCUGCCGAACAUCGUCAAGUCCUCCGCUGUUGGCCCCGCAGGGAAGCUACCACACCGGACUGACCUCGGCACCCGUGACCUCUAUGACCUCGACCACAGCAACCUCCGCCUCUGCACUAAAAACCUCAGCUCCGAGAGCUGCAACGAUAGUAGGAUCAGGAUCAAAGAGAUCGGGGGAAGGAUGCCAGAGGAGGAUGAUCGGAGACUGGAGGCACAGCCGUGGGGGAGGAGGAGGCCACGAUGGUGGAGGGUGGAGGCGAAGUUCCUGCUACCACUACUGUGGCUGGUGGGGUGGGAUGGAUGGUGGAGCCGGUUCAUGCAUGUGGUGCGGGAGGACAGUCGGAUCAUGCUUACAAAGGUCCGGAUCGAGCAGCCGAAGCUCCUUCGUGCCUCCUAUCGUGAAGAGAGGCGAAGAGGUCGAGGGAUGAAAUGA